AAUCAAGCAAAACUACACUCCCUCCGAUCAUUCUCCGUAACCGUGUGACUCCGUCUCCCUCAAACCUCAAGUAACAUAAUCAAUCUUCAUCUCCCAAAUAAACAACUCACUUCGAUCAUUCUCCCAAGCUGCUGGGCUGUUCUGUCGUCGUCCGCAUAGUCGCCGGAUAAUUCACAGAGGAAGGGAGAGAAAAUGAUAGUCGACGGAAUCGAAGACGAAGAGAAAUGGCUAGCAGAAGGAAUCGCGGCCGUACAACAGAAUGCCUUCUACAUGCUCCGUGCUGUGGAUUCCGAUAAUCUCAGAGAAGCUCUCAAGUACUCCGCGCAAAUGCUUUCGGAGCUCCGGACCUCCAAACUUUCUCCUCACAAGUAUUUCGAACUCUAUAUGCGAGCUUUCGAUGAAUUGAAGAAGUUGGAGAUAUUCUUCAAGGAUGAGAGUAGGCAUGGUCUUUCAGUGUCUGAUCUUUACGAACUUGUUCAGCAUGCCGGCAAUGUGUUGCCUAGGCUGUACCUCCUUUGUACCGUGGGUUCUGUGUACAUCAAAUUGAACGAGGCUUCCUGUAAAGAUCUUUUGAAAGACCUUGUUGAGAUGUGUCGUGCUGUUCAACAUCCUAUUCGUGGUCUUUUCUUGAGGAGCUACCUUUGUCAAGUCACAAGAGACAAGCUUCCUGAUAUUGGUUCAGAGAAUGAAGGAGUUGGUGACUCUGUGAUGGAUGCUGUUGAUUUUGUGCUGCAAAACUUCAUGGAGAUGAAUAAACUUUGGGUUCGUCUACAGCAUCAGGGGCCUGGUCGGAUAAAAGAGAAACGAGAAAAGGAGAGGAAUGAACUUCGUGAUCUUGUUGGGAAAAAUCUGCAUAUACUAAGUCAAAUAGAGGGUGUUGAUCUUGAAUUGUACAGAGAUACUGUUCUUCCCAGAAUCCUAGAGCAGGUUGUUAAUUCCAAAGAUGAGCUUGCACAACAUUAUUUGAUGGACUGUAUUAUCCAAGUUUUUCCAGAUGAGUAUCACUUGCAAACGCUUGACGUAUUAUUAGCUGCUUGUCCGCAGCUUCAGCCGACAGUUGACAUCAAGACAGUGCUAUCGCAGUUGAUGGAGAGACUUUCAAACUAUGCUGCAUCGAGUACAGAAGUAUUACCUGAAUUCCUGCAAGUGGAAGCGUUUUCUAAAUUGUACAAUGCAAUUGGAAAGGUUAUCGAGGCACAAAUUGACAUGCCAAUUGUUGGAGCCAUAACGUUAUACACUUCACUUCUUAUGUUCACUCUUCGUGUUCAUCCUGAUCGCUUAGACUACGUGGAUCUAGUUCUGGGCGCAUGUGUCAAGAAACUUUCUGGGAGGCCAAAGCUUGAAGACAGCCGAGCAACAAAACAAAUUAUUGCUCUUUUAAGUGCUCCAUUGGACAAAUAUAAUGAUGCAGUUACAGCACUUACACUUUCUAGUUAUCCCCGUAUCAUGGACUACCUUGAUAAUGAUACAAACAAAAUCAUGGCAAUGGUUAUCAUACAAAACAUUCUAAAGAACUACACCUGCAUUUCCACUGCUGAUCAGGUAGAGGCACUAUUCGAAUUGAUCAAAGGGCUUAUUAAAGAUAUAGAUGGAAGCUCAGUGGAUGAGGUUGAUGAGGAGGAUUUCAACGAAGAACAGAAUUCUGUUGCGCGCCUUAUACACAUGUUGUAUAAUGAUGACCCUGAUGAAAUGUUAAAGAUUAUAUGUACCGUGGAGAGACAUAUCAUGACAGGAGGACAAAGACGGUUGCCCUUCACUGUUCCUCCUCUUGUUUUUUCUGCGCUCAAGUUGGUCAGGCGGUUACAAGGUCAAGAUGGUGAGGCAGAUGGGGAAGAAGCACCUGCUUCGCCUAAAAAAAUAUUCCGGUUGAUGAAUCAGACUAUAGAGGCUCUUUCAUCUGUUCCAUCUCCUGAUCUUGCAUUGAGGCUGUACUUGCAAUGUGCUGAGGCUGCCAGCGAUUGUGACCUUGAGCCAAUAGCCUAUGAAUUCUUCACCCAAGCAUUUAUUCUAUAUGAAGAAGACAUUGCGGACUCCAAGGCACAGUUUACAGCCAUACAUCUUAUAAUUGGUACUCUGCAAAGGAUGAAUGUAUUUGGCGUGGAGAACAGAGAUACCCUAACACAUAAGGCGACAGGGUACUCUGCAAAACUUUUAAAAAAGGCGGACCAAUGCAGAGCCGUUUAUGCAUGCUCUCAUCUAUUUUGGGUGGAUGACCAAGAUGGUACCAAGGAUGGAGAGAGGGUCUUGCUAUGCCUCAAACGUUCACUACGGAUUGCAAAUGCUGCUCAACAGAUGGCAAAUGUGACGCGUGGAAGCAGUGGGCCAGUUACCUUGUUUGUUGAAAUUUUGAACAAGUAUCUCUAUUUCUUCGAGAAGGGAAAUCCAAAAGUAACAAGUUCAGCAAUCCAAGGCCUUGUAGAGUUGAUAAGAACUGAAAUGCAAAGCGACACAUCAACUCCAGAUCUAGCCGCCACUGCCUUUUUUAACAGCACUUUGCGGUACAUCCAAUUCCAGAAACAGAAAGGAGGUGUAAUGGGUGAAAAGUACGAUCCAGUUAAGCUAUGACUGCAUGUCUGAUUUGUGUACAAAGGUCCAAUCCUAUUUGGCAGAUGGAAGUGAGUAUAAGCCGAGUUCCUGGAGGAGAAAACAGGAAUGGACAGGGGUCUUGUAAGAGCCAACACAACAAGAUGAAAAGAGUUUUUUCAGCAUGCCAAAUUGUAUGGGGUAUAUUAAUCAAGUUGCAAGUUUUAUGUAGAGUUAUUUUUCUCUCUUUUUUUCUUUCUUUCUCUUCAAAUUCUAACGAGUUAAUUCCUUUUAACAUAAUAAGGUUUCCCUAGAAGACUAGGAAAAAAUUGAACUUUUGGGUAAUGCAUUUGUGUAAAAUUACAUUGGAAGUAUUUAAUUUUAAUUAUUUCAUUUCAUUUCUUAA